AUUUUCUAUUUAUCUCUCUUAACCUAACAGAGUCUUAUUGACUUCUCAUUGUCAGGUCCAAUUAGCUUCUCGGGUUUGUUUCAAAGCCCAAUUCUCCUCUCUCUCUCUCUCUCUCUCUCUCUCUCUCCUGCAAAACCCUAGAUCUCGCGACGACGUCGGAGCUCUGUUUCCGAGCUUCUUAUACCCACGGAGGUCGGUCGUUUUCUUCUUGCGACUGGUAUUCACUUUCUGAGGCAAGAUGGAAUCAUCUGAAGAGGACAAUGCUUUGACUGUUCCAGAAUCACAGCCUAAUAAAAGGAGGAAAAGGAAGUCUAUUGUCUGGGAACACUUUACCAUUGAAAAUGUAGGUGAUGGAUGUAGAAGGGCAUGCUGUAAACAGUGCAAGCAAAGUUUUGCGUAUAGCACAGGUUCCAAAGUAGCUGGUACCAGCCAUCUCAAGCGUCACAUUGCCAAGGGAACCUGCCUAGCACUACUGCGCAAUCAGGGGAAUCAAUUAACUCCAUAUACCCCAGGGAGUGAAAAUGGCGGUGCAACUGAAAUACGAAAACGUCGAUACCGAACCCCUAGCUCACCCUACAUUCCAUUUGAUGCAGAUCGUUGCCGCCAUGAAAUUGCUAGGAUGAUCAUCAUGCAUGACUACCCACUACACAUGGUAGAACAUAGUGGCUUCAUAAAUUUUGUUCAGAAUCUUCAGCCCCGUUUUGGCAUGGUGAGCUUCAACACUGUCCAAGGCGAUUGUGUUGCAACUUAUUUGAGGGAAAAGCAGAAUGUUAUGAAGUUUAUUGAGGGAAUGCCUGGACGUGUUUGCCUUACAUUGGACGUGUGGACUUCAAGUCAAAGUUUAGGUUAUUUUUUUGUGACUGGACACUUCAUUGAUAGCAACUGGGAGCCACAAAGGCGGAUUCUGAAUGUUGUGAUGGAACCAUUUCCCGAUUCAGGUUCUGCUCUUAGCCAUGUUGUUGCUUGUUGCCUUUCUGACUGGAGUUUGGAGGGCAAGCUAUUUUCUGUCACUCACAAUUGUCCGGUUGAUGAACCUGGGAUUGAAAAUCUUAGAUCCCUUCUUUGCGUAAAAAAUCCCCUUAUUCUCAACGGACAAUUAUUUAUUGGUAACUGCAUAGCUCGUACUCUAAGCAGCAUGGCAAAGGAUGUAUUAUGGGCUGGGCGGGAUAUAGUUAAGAAAAUCCGUGACAGUGUAAAGUAUGUGAAGACUUCAGAAUCCCUAGAGGAGAAGUUUGUCGAGCUUCAACAACACCUUCAAGUGACCACUGAAAAUGCCUUAUCUCUUGAUGACCAAUCUAAAUGGAACACAACAUAUCAAAUGCUUGUGGCUGCUGCAGAGCUGAAAUUGGUGUUUUCUUGCUUGGAUACUUCUGACCCUGAUUACAAUGAGGCCCCCUCUAUGGAAGACUGGAGGCAGGCUGAGACUAUAUGUGGUUGUUUGAAACCUCUCUAUGAUGCAGCCAAUAUCCUCACCUCUACAGCCACCCCAACUGCAAUUGCAUUCUUCCAUGAAGUAUGGAAGAUCCAGACUGAUCUGGCUCGUGCAGCUGCAAGUGACGAUCCUUUUAUUAGCAUUGUUACCAAAGCAAUGCAAGAAAAAAUUAGUAGAUAUUGGAAGGAUUGCAGCCUAGUUUUGGCAAUUGCUGUAGUCAUGGAUCCCCGCUUUAAGAUGAAGCUUGUUGAGUUCACUUUUUCAAAAAUUCAUGGUGAAGAUGCACCCACAUAUAUCAAGAUUGUUGAUGAUGGGCUUCACGAGCUCUUUCAUGAAUAUCUAGCCAGCCCUUCAUCUCUAGCUUUGACUUAUACUGAAGAAGGAAAUACUGAGAACAGCAUGAGGGAGGACCACCAGGGAACUCUUCUUUCCGACAAUGGAUUUACAGAUUUUGAUGUUUACAUCAUGGAGACUACAAACCAGGAAAUGACGUCAGAGCUGGAUCAGUACUUGGAAGAAUCUUUACUGCCUCGCGUGCAAGAGUUUGAUGUAUUAAGUUGGUGGAAACUGAAUAAGCUGAAAUAUCCUACUCUAUCGAAAUUGGCUCGUGAUAUUUUAACCAUUCCAGUAUCCAGCGCUGCUCCUGACUCUGUAUUUGAUACAAUGACCAAAGAGCUGGAUCAGUACCGAAGUUCUUUGCGACCAGAGACGGUGGAAGCCCUUGUGUGUGCCAAGGAUUGGCUUCAGUAUGCAUCUGCUGAAAUUUCAGAUGAUAUUGUGAAAAUGGAGUUCUAGGGUUUACUUGCCAGAGUAUGAUUACAAUUGUAGCUUAGUUCUAUAGUUAAGCAUUAGGUUACCUCUUGUACCAUUUGAAAGUAAUUGUUUGGAUAAUUGGCAUUAUAAAUUAAAAUUCCCAGGGUAGAUCUUGUUAUCAUAUUGAUUUGGCACCCAAAGGGAAUACAACAAUUAAUACCCGCUGUGAUGAUUUUCGUUUGUGUUAUAUAAUGCCAGUAAACAAUAUCUGUAUGUUUAUUUGGAUAAUAAUUUGAACAAUGUGAAGGUCAGUUAAGAUGAUUUUAUGCUUUCA